GCCGACUUCUUUCUUUAUUUUAUACCAUCCUCACCUCAUGCCAUCCGUUGUCCUGGUCGGCGUGUACGAAGCAGAUCUGACAUCUCUGCGUGCCACAGGGAUACUAUAUCUGGUACCAGCGAUCAACUUCCAGUGCUUCGUGAGAGCCCCAUCUUUGCCUCGUCUUUGCAAUGUUUCGCCCAGUAUCAGUCCUAAUCAUUUCAUAAACCCGUAAAAUCAUUGCCACGUUGCCUUUAUUGAACAGACAGACACAAUGUCACUCUUAAUACUUCAGCGGGAGACUCGCUUCGAGCAUUCUAUGCAGCAUCACCGCUUCCUGCAGCAUAUAAGAUAAUUUUGGCGUUCGUUCGUUUGCCGCGCAACGCUGACCUUCACUUCGAUAGUUCUGACAGACCCCGCUUACUGCUUCAAUCUCAUCAACUCGUCCAGUGUUCCGGGUUCUUUUAUCCACACCUGAUGAUUUUCCCGUCCUGUGCAGGACUAUGGUCUGCCUGUGAAUUAAAGGACCGGCUUUCGUGAUUGUUGCGACGUGUUAGCCCGUCGAUCGAGGGCGAAUCUCUGUCUUUGCUAUCAUCUCAGCGCCAGCAGAUGUGAAUAUAUAAUCUCCCGGUUUCCCGCAUCUUCAGCCGUGUGUUUAAAAGGCAUGACCAUGGACGCAUCAAUGCUUGCGAAAACAAAGGGUCCCACUGACUCAACCUUGCGCGUUGCGAGGACCAAGUUGUACCCCAAGCAAGCAUGGUACUGCCUUGCUCUGUUCAUUUUCAUCAUUGGUAUCUUCCAGUGGGCAUCGUACAUACACUCCAAGUUUGCUAGGCGAAGGCGAGCGCAAGGCAGUGCUG